GCACCAGGAGAGAAGUGAACAAUUCAUUCACGCAUCAGUGCCUCCAAAGCCAAAAGGCUCUGGGUGCAUAGUAUGGGAGCGCUAUGUUGUCCAGGAAAGGACUCAUUCCUGAUGAUUACGUGCUAACACGUUUGGCUGAGGAUGUGCAGCCGCCCAAAUUCAAGGCGAAACCGAGGAAAGCCCGGUUUGUCGCCAAGAACGGCACCUGCAAUGUGGCGCACACUAACAUCCGAGAACAGGGCCGUUUCUUGCAGGACGUCUUCACCACUCUGGUGGAUUUAAAAUGGCUUCACACGCUCAUCAUUUUCACCAUGUCUUUCCUGUGCAGCUGGCUCCUUUUCGGGAUGAUCUGGUGGCUUGUCGCCUUUGCGCACGGCGAUUUGGACCAGAAUGGAGACGACUUUAUCCCGUGCGUAACGGACAUUCACUCCUUCUCUUCCGCUUUUCUCUUCUCCAUAGAGGUCCAGGUGACCAUCGGCUUCGGGGGACGGAUGAUCACGGAGGAGUGCGUCUCCGCUAUCAUCAUCCUGAUCGUGCAGAACAUCGUCGGGCUGGUCAUAAACGCCAUAAUGCUCGGCUGCAUCUUCAUGAAAACUGCGCAGGCGAACCGGCGCGCAGAGACUCUCAUUUUCAGCAAGCACGCCGUCAUCUCCGUCCGAAACAACAAACUCUGCUUCAUGGUGCGCAUCGGGGACCUGAGGAAAAGCAUGAUCAUCAGCGCCACCGUCCGGAUGCAGGUGGUAAGGAGAACCACCACCGAGGAGGGAGAGAUGGUGCCUCUGGACCAGAUCGACAUCCACAUGGAUAACCCGGUGGGCACAAACGGUAUUUUCCUGGUGUCCCCACUCAUCAUCUGCCACGUGAUCGACAAAGACAGCCCUCUGUAUCAGCUCUCCUCCACCGACCUGCAGCACGAGGACAUCGAGGUGAUCGUGGUGCUGGAGGGGGUUGUAGAGACCACUGGCAUCACCACGCAGGCCAGGACCUCCUAUGUGUCAGAGGAGAUCCUGUGGGGGCAGCGCUUCGUGCCUACCGUGUCCGAGGAGGACGGCAUGUACGCGGUGGACUACUCCAAGUUCGGCAAUACUAUGAAGGUGCCGACACCUUGCUGUAGCGCCAAGAAACUGGAUGAAGUGGGGGGCAUCGCUCUGUUUAAGAUGAACGAGGGCGUCACCUUGCGGACGUCUGUGAGAAGGCGGCGCACAGUGGCCCGGCGGUCCAGGCUAGAGAGUUAGAAAAAGUGAUGAUCUGUGUAAAACAUGUCAGCCAGCAUUUUGUAUGAGAAUGAAUGAAGAUUGAUUACUUAGGUAUGAAGAGUAUUAAAUGAUGAAACGCAUAUGUAUUUAAUAAUUAACUAUAUUAUGAGA